AUGUCGAGCUCUUUCGAGAAGUCCGUCAAGGGCGCAACUAAGAUCAAAGUGAGUCGGAAACCCGGAACCGCUGCCCCCCCGAAGACGAAGUACAUCGAGCAUAUCCUGGUAGCUACGCACGCCGGUGAGGCUGGUGUUGGGGAGGUUUUUCGCGCCCUGCAAAACCGACUUCGCGACUCGACAUGGACCGUCGUCUUCAAAAGUUUAAUAACAGUACAUUUAAUGUUUCGAGAGGGCUCGCCUGACGCGACAUUAUCGUACCUCGCUAGAAACCGCAAUCAAUUAGCGAUUAGCUCCUUUACAGAUGCCCAGAUACAAGGCCGAAAUAUUCGACACUAUGCCUCCUACUUGGCGGAGCGGGUGCGCGCUUACAAGGAUACCAAGAUAGACUGGGUGCGUGCGAAGGAGACACGACUAGAGAGCCUGUCAGUCGAAAAGGGCCUGUUGCGAGAGACCGAAGUAGUCCAGCGCCAACUAACUGCUUUGUUGAAAUGUGACGUCUUGGACGAGCCUGAGAACGAGAUUACCAUCACCGUUUUCAGACUUCUGGUUCUUGAUCUUCUAAGUCUAUUUCAGGUUUUAAAUCAAGGAAUGAUCAACAUACUAGGGCACUUUUUCGAAAUGUCGAAGGUGGAUGCGGAACGUGCUAUGGACAUUUACCGUCAGUUUACUAAAACUACUGAUGCUGUUGUCCAAUAUCUAACAGUGGCUCGGCAAUGGGAGCCUCAUACAAGGGUAGAAGUCCCUAAGCUGAAACACGCUCCAGUCAACUUACGUCGCCAGCUCGAAGACUACCUUAACGAUCCUGAUUUUGAGAUAAACAGGAGACAAUAUAUAGCAGAACAACAGGCCAAAAAGAAGGGUGGAUUUUCCAAAGGUGAAAAGAGUACCUCAGAAACACAGUCAGAGGCUACUAAGCCGUUCCCUACAGCAAAUGUGUCGUCUGCAUUUGCUCCCAAGGCACCCCAGGCCACUAAGGGGCCUGACCCAGAUCUCAUUGAUUUCUUCGAUUCAAUAGAGCAAAAUCAGACCACCAUGAGCACACAACCCAACGCCCAACCAAGUCAGUCAAUACAGAUGCCACUAGCGAAUACUGGCAACACCUGGCCGUCCGGAAUCCAGCAACCAACGCAGCUGCAAAGCAAUGGCUUCGUGCCUCAGGCAACGGGGUAUCCGAACAAUAGCCCAUUUCAACAGCCAAGCACCACUGGGUUUUCACUGCCACAACAAAUGCCUGCUCAGAUCCAGCCUAACUUCACUGGCGCCGGCUUCGGUGGCUAUACACCCCAGCCAGCCUUCAAUCCCAAUAGCUUAGGCUCAAUACCACAGGAUUCUGUUGCAAAUUUCUCUACGGGUACUCUCUCACCCCCCAUGCAGACCGGCCAGCAGACGACGAAUCCAUUCAGGGCGUCAAUGAUGAUGGGUAACCCAACCGGUAUGCCUGCUAAUGGCGCCACUCAAAAUACCUUUUCCACACCAACGGGUCCUCCGACUCAGCCUCAGCCCCCUAGCGCUUUAACCCGACAGCCCACAAACCCUUUUGCCAGAUCGUCACCACAGGGCAUGACACCUUUUGCCAAUCCAUCAUCAACUUCGCCCUUUCAGUCUCCACCACCUCUGCAGCCCCCGGUCUCGCUGCAACCCGCUGCCACUGGGACCAACCCGUUCGCAAGGAAUUACUCUCCUGCUGGGAACCAACCUCAGCAGCAGCAGCAGCAGCAGCGACCUCAAACAAGUGGGGGGAUCGCGCCACAAGCUACGGGGGCCACGAACCCGUUUCGACAGGGCGCUUUCGUUAAUCAUCAAACUGGGAUGGGCUGGCAACACAACCAAAUGCCUAUCGGUGGCGGUCUAGAUCAACUUCCAACGCAACCUAUCUUUCCCAGACCGGCACAGCAGACACCAUGGGAGCAGCAACAUUAA